CGGGCAGCGGGGCACAUGGCAUGCCUGAUGGCGGCUUUCUCCCUGGGCACCGCUCUGAACGCCAGCAAUUCCGCUUGUACUAUGGUCGAACCAAAGUCAGUGUGUGUUUCAGUGGAUGAAGUGGUCUCAAAUGGCACAGAUAACCUGGACAUUCGACUGAUGAAUGGACACUUGAAAAAAGUGGACAAUACUCUGACAGAAGCUCACCGUUUCUCCUACCUACCACGCAGACCAGCUGUAAAUAUUGAGUUUAAAGAACUGUCCUACUCUGUCCAAGAAGGGCCGUGGUGGAGGAAGAAAGGCUAUAAGACCCUUUUAAAAGGAAUUUCAGGGAAGUUCAGCAGUGGAGAACUUGUUGCAAUUAUGGGCCCCUCAGGAGCUGGGAAGUCAACACUCAUGAACAUUCUGGCAGGAUACAGAGAGACAGGAAUGAAAGGAGAAAUUCUCAUCAAUGGGCAGCCUCGUGACCUACGCUCCUUUCGCAAAGUCUCCUGCUACAUCAUGCAAGAUGACAUGCUCCUUCCUCAUCUGACUGUCCAAGAAGCUAUGAUGGUAUCUGCUCAUCUGAAACUUCAAGAGAAAGAUGAAGGCAGGAAAGAAAUGGUGAAGGAAAUAUUGACAGCCCUUGGUUUGCUAACCUGUGCCAAUACAAGGACUGGGAGUCUAUCUGGAGGCCAGAGAAAGCGUCUUGCCAUUGCUUUGGAGCUGGUGAACAAUCCUCCUGUUAUGUUUUUUGAUGAACCAACCAGCGGCUUGGAUAGCGCAUCAUGUUUUCAAGUUGUCUCUCUGAUGAAAGCUUUAGCCCAGGGUGGCCGGUCCAUCAUCUGCACAAUUCAUCAGCCCAGUGCUAAACUCUUUGAGUUGUUUGAUCAGCUCUAUGUUUUAAGUCAAGGUCAAUGUAUUUACCGGGGAAAAGUAUUAAACCUUGUCCCUUACUUAAGAGAUUUGGGUUUGAAUUGUCCAACCUAUCACAAUCCUGCAGAUUUUGUUAUGGAAGUAGCAUCUGGUGAAUAUGGAGACCAGAACAGCCGACUGGUAAGGGCAGUACGGGAGAGGAUUUGUGACACAGACUACAAGAGAGAUGUUGGUGGUGAGAAUGAGUUGAAUCCCUUUCUCUGGCACCGGCCCUCUGAAGAGGAUUCCUCCUCCACAGAAGGCUGCCACAGCUUCUCCGCCAGCUGCCUAACCCAAUUUUGUAUCCUCUUCAAAAGAACUUUUCUCACCAUCAUGAGGGAUUCAGUCCUAACACAUUUGCGUAUCACCUCUCACAUUGGAAUCGGUCUGCUUAUUGGCUUGCUCUACUUAGGCAUUGGCAAUGAAGCUAAGAAGGUUCUCAGCAAUUCUGGCUUCCUCUUUUUUUCCAUGUUGUUUCUUAUGUUUGCUGCACUCAUGCCAACCGUCCUUACAUUUCCUCUUGAGAUGGGAGUGUUUCUUAGAGAGCACCUGAACUACUGGUACAGCCUGAAAGCCUACUAUCUUGCCAAAACAAUGGCUGAUGUUCCUUUUCAGAUCAUGUUUCCUGUAGCUUAUUGCAGCAUCGUGUACUGGAUGACUUCACAGCCGUCUGAUGCACUCCGAUUUGUCCUCUUUGCAGCCUUGGGAACCAUGACAUCCCUGGUGGCACAGUCACUGGGUCUUCUCAUAGGAGCAGCCUCUACAUCUCUCCAGGUAGCCACUUUUGUGGGUCCGGUUACUGCCAUUCCAGUGCUUCUGUUUUCUGGUUUUUUUGUCAGCUUUGAUACCAUCCCAACAUACCUCCAGUGGAUGUCCUACAUUUCCUAUGUCAGAUACGGGUUCGAAGGAGUUAUUCUCUCAAUCUAUGGACUGGAUCGAGAAGAUCUGCAUUGUGAUAAAGAUGAUACUUGCCAUUUUCAAAAAUCAGAGGCCAUUCUGAGAGAACUGGAUGUAGAAAAUGCCAAACUCUACCUGGACUUCAUUGUUCUUGGAAUUUUCUUCUUCUCUCUGCGUCUAAUUGCCUAUUUUGUUCUCAGAUACAAAAUCCGGGCAGAGAGGUAGAGGAAAAACAACCAAAAUGAUGCAGUAGGAAGAUCUUUAGACAUGCAGUAGAGGGCAGUUGACAUUGUCUCACUGUGGCAGGCCCGUCUCCAGUGCCCAGCUAGAUGCUGUUAUGACCUAGCCCAUAGAGAACCACACUGGGAUAGAAGACAUAUAGUGUUACGUCAAUCAGUCCAGUUGGGUUGGGUCAUGUUUUCAUUACACUUUCUAGCUUUAACCAGGAAGAAGAAAUAGAAGGGAAUUUUACAACACAGAAUUUCAAUACUGAGACAGUG